AUGUACUCAACUUUCAUCCGUCGCUGCUCAGCUUUCUUCCACCGAGCGAACAGGAUCAAGCAGCGCAUCCCGCUGCUCAACCAGCUGCACCUUAACUUCAUCUUUAUCCACUAUACCUACAUCAUCUCCUUUGCGUUCAUCGGCUCCAUCAUCCUUUACCCCGGUAGCGAAAUCGCUUAUAUCGAUGCCCUCUUCCUGUCCGCCGGCGCCGCUACCCAGAGCGGGCUGAACACAGUCGACCUGAACAAGCUACGCCUCUACCAACAAAUCGUGCUCUACUUUAUUGCAAUUCUCUGCACUCCGAUCUUCAUCCACGGUGGGCUGGUUUUCAUUCGCCUGUAUUGGUUCGAAAAGCGGUUCCAGCACGUGGUCCGAGAUGCACGCGCCUUACGUUCCACUCGCUCUCGCAUGGACACCGCCAGCCGAGGCAAAGAAAGCGACGAAAUCAAUCGCGCGGAGCUGGGAGUCAGCGGUCGCCCUAUCGUCGUGCUCCGGGACAAUGCCGGUGAUGCGCGGGGGGGUCGAACGCUCGAUCCCGCGGGCAAGUCGGCCGACGAGGUGCAGUCCGAGUCCGAAAGCCCCGGCAACGAGGGGAGCGGUCAGUCCAGCCUCGAGGACCUCCAGAACGAACGAAUGGAACGCCGGUUCGGGUUGGGCAGCUUGAGGGUGCCGACGCAGCUGAAUCCGGAACAACACAUCGCUUUUUUGGAAAACCAGCGGAAGAAUAAAGGCGCUCUACGCAUCCCCAGUCCUCGCGAAUACGACCGCGGUGGAGUUCCCGAAACGUUGGACGAUGGCGAGGACGAGACGAACGAACCGGUUCAGCCCUCGAGUCCCCGGUCCGAUCGUCGGCUGAGCUCUACGUACUCGGACGAAAACGAUCACGUCGCUCCCAUGGAAGGGCCGCACAUCACCAUCAACGAACCCGAUAUGCCACGCACGCGCACUCGUGGGAGUACAUUCCCCCGCUUGGAUACGAGGCCGACUGUGCGAGAAACCAAGGAGGUGAAUGAGGCUACCGGAGGGAUGGGUAAUGUGACCACGCGGAACACGGUCCGAGGUAUCUGGCGAUCGUUGACGCAGGAGCGAGACCAGUCAACCCAGCCGUAUCUCAGCUGGAAUGCGACAGUGGCCCGAAAUUCCAACUUCAUCGACCUGACCGAGGAGCAGCGUGAUGAGCUAGGCGGUAUUGAAUACCGCGCGCUCAAGACCCUGGCCGUCGUGCUGAUUACUUACUAUCUUGGGUUCCACAUCUUUGGCAUGGUCUCCCUGAUCGGUUGGAUUAUGACUGAAAAUUCAUGGGGCAAUGUGGUAAGGCAAGAUGGAAUUGGACGACCAUGGUGGGGUAUCUUCACCGCGGCCUCUGCCUUUAACGAUUUAGGCUUUACCUUGACGCCGGACUCGAUGUACUCCUUCCAGAAGGCCGUCUUCCCUUUACUGCUCAUGACCUUUUUGAUCAUCAUCGGCAACACGGCAUUCCCAUGUAUGCUUCGGCUGGUUAUUUGGGUUCUCUCGAAAUUCUCUCGACCGGGAACGGCUCUUUGGGAAGAGCUCAAGUUCCUUCUUGAUCAUCCUCGUCGUUGCUUUACCCUUUUAUUCCCUCGGAAUGCCACCUGGUGGUUGUUUGCCAUUCUUGCUGCACUGAACGGCAUCGAUGUUAUCUUCUUCAUUAUUCUGGACCUGAGCGAUUCUACGGUGACUGCACUUCCACCAGGUAUCCGGGUCCUUGACGGCUUUUUCCAAGCCGCAUCUACCCGUACUGCUGGUUUCGGGAUUGUGAGUCUGUCGGACCUGCACCCUGCUAUUCAAGUCUCGUACUUGAUCAUGAUGUACAUUUCCGUUUUCCCCAUUGCCAUCUCCAUGCGGCGCACAAACGUGUACGAAGAAAAGAGUCUGGGUAUCUACAGCCCCGGCGACGAAGAGGGUGACGACGAGGAUGAUCAGACAGCACCCAGCUACAUCGGAGCUCACUUGCGGCGCCAGCUGAGUUUUGACCUGUGGUACGUGUUCUUGGGGCUGUUCAUCAUCGCCAUCGCAGAGGGGCCUCGUUUGGAGGCCGACAACUAUAACUUCCAGCUCUUCACCAUCCUGUUUGAGGUUGUGUCUGCCUACGGUACCGUCGGUCUGUCAUUUGGCUACCCCGGUGUCGACACGUCUUUCUCCGGUCAGUUCAACGUGGUGUCCAAGCUGGUGAUUAUCGCGAUGCAAAUCCGUGGUCGCCACCGUGGUCUACCAUACUCGCUGGACCGUGCUGUCCUCUUACCUUCUGACGCGCUCAACAAGCGCGAGGCUGCUGAAUCCGACCGCCGCAUGCGCCGACGCGCUUCAAAUCUCAGCGGCGGCGAAUCCAUGGGUCGCCCGCAGUCGCGGUCCCUCUCACAGGCACGGGAUCGGGAUGCUGGCAUGUCUACGGGCACAGCGGGCUACGACUGGCAACCCCAGCAGCCUGCGGCGAAUGGCGACAUCGUUCACCGAUCAUCGACCAUGCGCUCUGCUCGAUAG